AUGUCAUGUCCAAAAUGUCCAAAUAAACCAUUUACUAAUAUACAGGAGGCUUUUAGAAGGGAUAAAUCUAUUCAAAGUAUAGUAUAUCUUGUCUCACCAGAAACAUACUGGGAACAACUUGAAUCAAAAGGUGAAUUUUUGGCUAAAAAAUUGUUAUCAGAGGAGGAACAAGAAUUAAUAAUUGAAAAAGAUUUGGUUCAAUUUGCUGAUCAAUUAGUUGAUGAGAAUGAUAAAAUAUCUGUUACUUUAGAAUACUUAAGUGAUCUUGCUAAUAUUCAAACUAGUUUAAUUCAUUCAUUAAAAAAUGAAAAAAUUGCAAAUCUUACAAUUAAUAUUCCUGAAGGUAAAUUAAAAAAAGAAGAUUCUUCUAAGGCAUUUAAAAGAUAUUUUUUGGUUAAAGCAAAAACAAAAAUAUCAAGUCUUGUUGAAUUAAUGGAAUUAAAGUUUGAUCUUAAAAAAACUGAAUAUGAAAUUGUUUUUACUCUUAUUACUCAUCCAUUUGUACUUAAUCCUGAACUUACAAUUAAAGAUGUAAUUUAUAUGUCAUAUUUUGAUAGGCAAAAUCCAUUACAUAUGUAUUUUACUAUAUUAAGAAAACCAAAAGAAGGUUCUAUUGAAAUUGUUGAGUUAGAUAAAGAAGAUGAAGCUGCCGCACCUAAAGAUAUGCCACGUCUUGAAAAGAUGGAUACAAUUCCUCUUGCUGAUGAACCACCAAAACUUGAAAAAGUUAAUCCAUCAAUUCCAGAUGUCACUGCCAAUUUUUCAACACAACUUAUUAAUGGUCAACAUAUACCAAAUAAAAAUCAAGGAAAUAAUAUAUUACCAAGUCAAAAUGGCAAACAAAAUCAUGGUGUUAAACGGAAGUCAACUGUUAUCUCAUCACCACCAGUAUCACCACCUGCAUUAAUUAAAGAAGCUAUUGAUAAUAAUCCUAAUAGAAAUCAAAAAUUUAAUGUAAAUGGUAGUAGUAUUAUGCCAACAUUACAAUGUAAUGGCAUACCAUCAACAGGUACUCAACAAACCCCAAAUAAUAUUUUACCUAAUAAUAAAAUAUCAAUGCCAACAAAUUUUACUAUGCAAAAUAAUGUUGCAGCAUUUAAUCAAUUUGUUUCACCAGGUCCAGGAGGCCAGCCAAGAAAUUCAUUACCUCCAAAUUAUGUUUAUGCCAUAACUAAUGGUAUACCAAAUCAAGUAUUUAAUACACCAUUUAUUCAAACACCAUAUAAUAUGAUGAAUUGUAAUAAAUUAUCAACUCCUAAUAAACAAAUUGGAACACCAUUAGCAACAACACAUAAUGAACCUAAACCAAAAAAAGGUAGAAGGAGUGCUGAAUCAAUACCUAAUAAUAUUAUGUCCCAACAACUUGCUCAACAACAAUUUAUUUCUUCUAUCUUUAAUGGACAAGGAAAUAAUAGGCCAGUUUUUUUGCAAAAUGAUGCUGGACAAAUAAUAGGUUCUAAUGGUAAUAAUAUAAUGAUUCUCCAUCAAUCAUCAAAUCUCCUUGCUACAACCGGUAUUCAUCCACAACCUCAACAAAUUAAGGUUCUUCCUACACUAGCACCAAAAAUAAAUAAUCCUUCUGUUGGAAAGGUAACUAAGGCAUAA